AUAAAGCAAGUUGUGUUUUACAUUCAGUCACAAAACAUUACAGCCCCAACAAAAUUGUCGUGUGGAAAACUUUUCGCAAUUUUUGGUAUUUUUUUCUUUCCUCGCUUUAACAAUAAAUAUGACCGAUGAUAGUGAGAAAAACUCGAAUAGUUCGACAGCUAAUACCAUGCCAAAAAAAGAAUCGUUUUGCGAUAUUAGCAGCAGCUCCUUGAACGCUGGUAACCAAUCAGGUAUCUUAGAACUGGAGCAAAUUGUGGCAAAGAUCUUAGAACAGAUUAAGGCGAUUCCCAACCAAGGCGACCUUAACGUAAACGACUUGAUGGAUGUUAUAAUGCCAAAAAUAAGGAACGAAGUGUUUGAUAUUGACAAAGUGUACAAGGAGGUUCGGAAUAUACAAGAAUCCCUGGAUAGAUAUCUGCAGCAGGCGCGAACAGUGGAUCAGGAUAUAGCUGAUAUGUUCUUAGAUUUGCACAGCAUAUAUGGGAAACUAGAAAAAUUAGAUGACAGUGGCAGGAAGCUAAGCAGCCAAAAAAGAGCCAAGCUGUUAAGACUUGCCAAAGAAGCUGAGGGGAUGCAGAAUCGUUCGCGGCAUUAUCUUUCAAACGAUCCCAAAGAGAUGAGUGCCAGGCUUGUUGGUCCGCCAAAGGAAGCCCAAUCAAACCCUAAGGGAGACUAGGCCCGUUCGGAGAACCCUAUGAAAGAAGUGGUGUGAACCCUUCCAAGGAGCUUACCGAGAAGAGGAUGUUUCUCACCAAUAUGAUAACGUUCCAGAAAUCGGACAUUACGCUGCAACUCAACCGCCACA